UUUGGCUUCUUCUUGAAAGGUACCAAUCAAUUUUAAUAUCACAUAUUGAUUUAAGAGAAAUUUUCCCCCUUCCCAGGUCGUCGACACCAUUAGCACGCCCUUGUGUAUUUAUCUAAUUGAAUCACUUACCCUUUCCCUUCACAUAACCAAACCCACCAAGAUCAUCAGCACCAAGUCUCCUGAGAGAUUUAGCUACGAGGAAUAGUCAAUACAUUCCGAAAAUGAUUCAUUUGAAGCAAGGCGAUAUGCUUGCUCAAGUUGGAUCAGUGAUUGCUAGUUUAAUGUUUGUUUGGGCUAUGUUCAAGCAAUACUUCCCUUAUGAACUGCGAGAUCGUCUUGAAAAAUACACUCAAAGAGCCUUCACUUUUGUUUACCCUUAUAUUCAAAUUACAUUUCAUGAAUUCACAGGAGAACGUCUGAUGCGCAGCGAAGCCUACUCCGCCAUUGAAACUUACCUUAGCUCCAGCUCAUCUACGCAAGCGAAGCGGCUCAAAGCGGAAGUGGUGAAGAACAACCAGUCACUUGUUCUUAGCAUGGAUGAUCAUGAAGAAGUUGCUGAUGAAUUCGAAGGUGUGAAGCUAUGGUGGGCUUCAGGAAAGAAUGUUUUCAAGUCGCAAACAUUAUCCUUUUAUCAGGUGACUGAUGAGAAAAGGUACUACAAGCUCAGAUUUCAUAAGAAACAUAGAGAUGUCGUAAUUGGACCAUACCUAAAUCAUGUCCUGAGAGAAGGGAAGGCAAUUAAGGUGAGAAAUCGACAGCGAAAGCUUUAUACUAACAAUGGAUCGUAUUGGAGCCAUGUAGUGUUCGAGCACCCGGCUACUUUCAAGACACUAGCAAUGGAAGCAGAGAAAAAGAAGGAAAUUAUGGAUGAUUUGAUUACGUUCAGUCAAGCAGAAGAAUUCUAUGCAAGAAUUGGAAGGGCUUGGAAGAGAGGGUAUCUUCUUUACGGUCCGCCAGGGACUGGUAAGUCUACUAUGAUUGCAGCAAUGGCAAAUCUUUUGAACUAUGAUAUAUAUGAUCUUGAAUUGACUGCUGUUAAAGACAAUACUGAGCUAAGAAAGCUAUUAAUCGAGACUUCCAGCAAGUCUAUUAUUGUAAUAGAAGAUAUAGAUUGCUCCCUUGAUUUAACUGGUCAAAGAAGUAAGAAGAAAGCAGAAGAAGGGGAUGAGAAUAAUAAGGAACAAAAACCAAGACUUCCAAAAGAUGAAAGAGAUGGCAAAAGUAGUCAAGUUACUCUUUCUGGGUUAUUGAAUUUCAUUGAUGGGUUAUGGUCAGCUUGUGGAGGAGAAAGGCUAAUAUUAUUCACUACAAAUUUUGUGGAGAAACUUGACCCAGCACUCGUCAGGAGAGGAAGGAUGGACAAGCAUAUAGAAUUGACAUAUUGCAGCUUUGAAGCAUUUAAGGAGUUGGCUAGCAACUAUAUUCAGAUUGAAUCUCAUCAUCUGUUUGAUAAAAUUAGUGACUUGCUGAGGGAAGUAAAGAUGACUCCUGCUGAUGUCGCGGAGCAUUUGAUGCCAAAGACUCUUCCUGGGAAUGCUGAGGUAUGCUUGGAGAGUCUAAUUGUAGGUCUUGAAAAGGCCAAAGAGGUAGCAAAGUUGAAAGCGGAGGAAGAAGCAAAAGAGAAGGAAUUAUCACCACCACCACCAGCAUCAGCAGUAAUGGAAGAAGCAAAAGAGAAUAAUAACAAUAACCCAAAACCAAAUAAAGAGUAGUGAAGAGCUAAAAAGAAAUUGUUCAAUAGCCAGAGAUUGCAAUAAAAGAUUUAGUGGCGAUCAGUUCAUUCAAAUGGCAGAAUUGGGAUGACGAAAAGCAAAUAUCGGAGAUUAGAUUUUGAACAAUUACGAAAAGAAAAGUGUUUAUAGCUCCAUGAAUUAUCAAUGAAAUCAGAUUAAGAAGAGUAAA